GCCGGUUUGAGGCGGGCACCGCGCGGCGCCGGCAUGAAGGAGGUACCGCCGGGCCCGGGGAUGGAGAGCGACAUCUUGGACGCGCUGGAGGCCUUGGGGUACACGGGUGCCCUGUUGGAGGAGGAGGCCCUGAAAAAAGCAGCAGAAAAUGGAUUGUCUUCACCAGAAUUUUUUGAGCUUUGCAUUUGGUUAGGUUCCCAGAUAAAGUCACUUUGUAAUAUGGAAGAAAGCAUCACUGCAACAGAUGGAGUGAAAGAUAUAGAGAGCUUCCAGCUUGAAAUUAGUGGCUUUCUGAGAGAAAUGGCUUGUCCAUAUACAUCACUGGUGUCUGGAGACAUCAAAGACAGAUUAAGAGAGAAAGAAGAUUGUCUUAAACUCCUUUUAUUUCUAAGUACAGAACUUCAGGCUUUAAAGAUACUGCAGAGCAAGAAAGUUAAAGGCUCUCAUUUGGAAAAGCACAAUGAAAUUAUUCAGGAAAUGCAAACUAUUUGUGAAGCACUGGGUCUGCCAAACUCCUCAUCUUCUGGUAUUCCUCCCUUGUUAACCAGUGUGGAACACAAGGUGAAGGACAUUCUUUCCAAAGUUAAAAAUAACCAUGUGGGGAAAUCACUGCUAACAAAACCUCUGAACUCUGACCAAGUGGAAAGAUUGGAGAAGAUCAAUGAUGCUCUUUGCAGUGAGUACGAGUGUCGGCGGCGGAUGUUGAUGAAGAGGCUCGAUGUGACUGUGCAGUCUUUUGGCUGGUCUGAUAGAGCAAAGGUGAAAACAGAUGAGAUCGCUCGGAUCUAUCAGCCCAAGCGCCACGCGCUGUCUCCCAAGUCCACCAUUUCCCUGGCUCACCUUCUCGCUGCUCGCGAGGAUUUGUCCAAGAUCAUAAGAACCAGCAGUGGCUCAACACGGGAGAAGACUGCCUGUGCUAUCAACAAGGUUCUGAUGGGGAGAGUCCCUGACCGUGGAGGCAGACCAACAGAGAUUGAACCACCUCCUCCUGAAAUGCCUCCGUGGCAAAAAAGACAAGAAGGUGGUGGAAGAGGGGGCUGGGGGGGUGGUGGUGGAGGAAGGGGUAACUGGGGGGGUGGAGGGGGUAGAGGAGGAGGAGGUGGAGGUUUCAGAGGCGGUGGAAGAGGUGGGGGUGGCUUCCAGGGUGGGGGUGGCUUCCAAGGAGGAGGUGGCUUCCAGGGUGGAGGUGGCUUCCAGGGUGGAGGUGGCUUCCAAGGUGGCAGGGGAGGUUAUGGUGGCAGGGGAGGCUAUGGUGAUCCCUAUGGUGGAAGGGGAGGAGGAGGAUACCGAAGAUACUGAAGUACUGUAAAUCUUAGCAGAGUAACUGGCAGAACAUAGUGGUGGUGUUUACUGGUACUAGGAAUUUAGAUCUGUUGACUCGGGUUUAGGUUAGAAUUAAAUAUGACCAUAUUAGUAAUUUCAUUAGACUAACUGAUGUUCUCACUGAGUUCUUUUAGUUAACUGAUGUUUUAUAUUAAAAUCUGAUGACUGAAGUCCUCGUUUUUCAUACUGCUUAUAUGGUGUUUUUUAUGUCAUUUUAUUUAAAAUAAGUCUCAGAAAACUGAAUAAAACCCUUUCUAAACAAACAAAAAUAUAUCAAUGGUCAGACCUCUGUAAUUAUUGCAUGUUGCAUGUCUACUCUCCUGCUCCAAAAUCUUGUGUAGAAAAAACAAAGUAGGCCUAAGAAUUGGAUGAAACCACUUUUAAAAGACUCAAGAAUACUGCUUUCAGGCUUGUUCUCUUCAUGUCAUUGUUCUUCAUUCAUAGUUUUCAUGAAAAUGAAUUCAUGAAUUCAUUCAUAAAUGAAUUUUAAUUUCAAAUGUUAAAAUCCUUAAGGCUUUGGUGAAGUUUAUUCAAUUAGAUUUGAUUAUUGUUGCAGAACUUCACAUUAUAGUAACAUUGUGAAUUAAUACUCUACAUAAAUUAAUUGAAUCAGGUUGUUUUUUGUGUUCAUAAUGUAUCAGACACUCUUUAAUAGUCAGAGCAUGUACUGUAAACUCAUCAUAGUGAGGUUUGAUAGUGUCUUAUUUUCAUUUUACCUGUUUUCCAUUGUGGGUGUUUCAUAAAAAAAAAAUUUAAAUCAGAUUGGGCAGAAAACCUGUAGGCAUCAUGUCUGGUAUGAAUUUGUGUGUAUAUCCUUGUGUAUCAGCUUUGAGACACAAAGUUGGAAUAAGCUGAGCUUUUUAAGAAAGAACAU